GAGCCCAACAUCGUAGACCAAGACUUGUCAGAGUUGAGACGAUCAAAUAAUUCAGGAAAAACAUUUUAAAAAAAUUAUAAAAAAUGAAGCAACGAACCCUUGCGAGAUUUUUCUCACUCUGAAAGGCUGUCGCAAAGGGGAAAAGGAAAAUUUUGUUUUGAGGGCAAAUUUUCCUCAAAAAUUAGAAAGGAGAUGCGAUUGCGGCGGUGCGUGUGGCCGUCCGAUGAGAGAUCGGCGAAGGAGGACCACCAUUGUUGAUGGGAUUUGUCGAGUUGCAAAUGACUUGGCAGCCGAGUCUACUCAGUGACAACGAAAGGAAGCCCUCCUUAGGCUUAAGAAACCUCGGCAACUCUUGUUACCUCAACAGCGUUCUCCAGUGCCUCACCUACCCACCGCUCGCCAAUUUCUGCCUCCGCUCCCAACACUCAUCCUUCUGCGACGCCUCCGCCUCCAAGAAACCCCGCGACUGCCCCUUCUGUAUCCUCGAAGCCUGGAUUACGCGCUCCUUAACCCUCGAUCUCACCCUUGACGCGCCCAAGAUCCAAAGCUGCAUUAAAAUAUUCGCCGAGAACUUCCGGUGCGGCCGCCAAGAAGACGCGCACGAAUUCUUGCGGUACGUAAUCGAUGCUUGCCAUAACACUUGUCUGCGCCUAAAGAAGUUACCGAAAGGGAAGGAUGAAGGAGGAGGAGGAGAAGCGAUGAAUGGCAAUACCGUAGUUAAGGAGAUCUUUGGGGGUGCUUUGCAAAGUCAGGUGAAGUGUUUGGGGUGUGGUGGGGAGUCAAAUAAAGUUGAUGAGAUUAUGGAUAUUAGCCUUGAUGUUUUGAACAGUGCUUCACUUAAAGAAGCCAUGCAUAAGUUUUUUCAGCCUGAGAUUUUGGAUGGAAAUAAUAAGUACAAGUGUGACAAUUGUAAGAAAUUGGUGGCAGCGAGGAAGCAAUUGUCUAUACGUCAAGCACCAAAUAUCCUUGUUAUUCAAUUGAAGAGAUUUGAGGGAAUACUUGGUGGGAAGAUUGAUAGGCUCAUUUCAUUUGAAGAAGUUCUGGUUCUUUCAAGCUUCAUGUGCAAAGCAAGCCAGGAUGCACAACCAGAGUAUAACCUAUUUGGUACUAUUGUGCACUCAGGAUACUCACCAGAAUCUGGGCACUAUUAUGCAUAUAUCAAGGAUGCAAUGGGCAGGUGGUAUUGCUGCAAUGAUGCGUUUGUCUCACUUUCAACCCUGCAGGAGGUUUUGUCAGAGAAGGUUUAUAUUCUGUUCUUUUCUCGUGCUAACCAAAGGCCAGGGUCUUUCAUUACCACGUUUUCUUCCAAUGGAGUUAAACCACGGGAUUCUUAUGGAACUGAGGCAUCCAAAAUCGUAAAAGCUAUUCCUUUGAAACCAGUCCAAGCAAAACUUUGCGUUGAACAGUCUUCACGGAAGGAUAAGGUUGUAAAGCUGUCUUCAAGCCCCCGUGUGAAAUUCAAUAUUUCUGAAAAACCUGGUUCCAAAAAGCUUCCUGUUACAAAUAAUGGAAAAGUUGACUCUUAUAAGACUCAGAACAUAACUAUGAAUGGAGUUUUAAAGGAUUCAAUUCAUAUGGAGAAGAAUGAGAACGAUAUGUUUUCAUUGAUGAACAGAAACAGUAUAGAAAAGAGCAGAAAAGUUAAUGCUGUUGGUAGUGAAAAAAGCCAACCCCUGGCAUUGGCAAAUGGAAAUCCUAUAAGACCAGAUCCUUUUGUAGCUAAUGGUACUAGGAGCACGGCAGUCAGAGGGCAGGUUGAUACUGCUCUUGUUGAUGCCUGUGAUAACUCAGGGCGGAGGAAAAAUUCAGAAAUCUCUUGUGAUAUUUCAGGGCCAAAGAGAAAAUCAGAAGAUUCUUGUGAUACUGCAGGGCCAAAGCGAAAAUCAGAAGAUUCUUGUGUUAUCUCAGCGCCAAAGAGAAAAUCAGAACCCUCUUGUGAUAUUUCAGGACCAAAUAGAAAAUCGGAAGACUCUUGCGAUAACUCAGGUCCAAUGACAAAACCAACAGACUCCAGUGUUAACUCAGGGCCAAAGAGAAAAUCAAAAGACUCCUCAGAUUUCUCCCGGCCAAUGGGAAAUUCCUGCAUUUUGCUGUCCCAAGAUGCUCAAUCUCGUGCAGAAGUAGAAAAUAUGAAAGAAAUGUUGGAAAAAGAAGCUUCUUCAGUUUUGCGAUCGUGUGGCUGGUAUGAUACUGUUUACAGUUUCAUGUAUUCGAGGAAGAAGUUGUGCGCACUGGAGAUUGGAAGCACCCCGAGUGGCAAUGAUUUAGAGAAGAAGUUGAUUGCAGAUGCAAAGCCAACUUUUAUUCCACAAAUACCGGAGUCACUGAAGGAGGAGUUUAUCAAACGUCUCCAAUCUUUUAGCCAAACAAAACGAGAAACUAUGGGUCCUUGAGAAACUUGGCCGGUAUUGAAGCAAAUAACUUUUCAAUCUUCCUCAAGAUUCAGUUAUUCUAGGUUCCUGGUAAAUCAUAGAUGAGACGUCAUGGCUAAUAAGGUCCAUUCUUGGCAAUGCUUUUUGUGGUCUUGUUGCUGGGAAUAUCGUGGUGUAUAAUCUGUAAUACUAAUUGGUGUUUUAGUGAAUGUUACCGUCUCAUUAGGCAACUUCCGGCAAUGGUGGGAGAUUGCAACAUGGUGAUGGUAAAUGCCCUAUUGACUGAUUUUGAGAUGAAAGGGCUGAGUUGAUAUAUAUUUAUAUAUAUAGCAUUAAGUUUUGACCUUGGAGGCCUUGAAGUUGGUUUUUUUGGCAGAGAAGCGAGGAAUCUUAUUCAUUUUGUACGAUAUCUAUUUUGGAAAAAAAAAACAAUAUUCUUGAUUUUAUGGAAGCAUUACAAUUUAGCCAUCAAAAUGUGGUGGGAUGAUAGUUAAUUCCCUGUGUAUGUAUUUCUAUGAAAUGAGUUAAAUACCCCGUGUAGUAUGGUUGUAA